AGUUUAAAUGAAGACGAGGAACUGGUAAUUACUGUCAUUUGAUUAAGGGAAACAACAAAAAAGGAACCCGGAAAGAAAACAUCUUCACAAGGCUAUGAUGUCAGUAUUUUGAUUUCAACAUAAUAAAGGGUCGCCAAAAAGGAAAAGAUUUACUGAUCAAGACUGCAAAGACAUAUUAAUUAGAUUUUUCUCGAGAUGGUGGCAAAAAAGCAACAAAAGGUUUUUGUGACAAUAAUAAUGUUUGGUACGUGGAAUUUUGCAUAUAUAGCUUGUCAGGCAGAUUUCGAAUAUAACGAAAACUCUAUCGCACAUUCAUUUCGGGAUGAAGACAGAACGCAAGUGGACAAACGCUCCUUUGAUAGACUAGCAUCAGGACUUAUUGGUAAACGACGGGUGGACUCAGUCGGAAGUAGUUUGGUUGGAAAACGCCGUCUGGACUCAAUUGCAAGUGGCUUAGUAGGCAAACGGCAUCUGGACUCUAUAGCAAGUGGUCUUGUGGGCAAACGGCGCCUGGACUCGAUUGCUAGUGGAUUAGUCGGUAAGCGGCACCUAGAUUCGAUUGCGAGUGGACUCGUCGGAAAGCGUCGUUUAGAUACCAUUGCAAGUGGUCUUGUUGGAAAAAGACGACUUGAUUCCAUAGCAAGUGGUCUUAUUGGAAAACGCCAUCUUGAUUCCAUUGCAAGUGGGUUAGUUGGAAAGCGUCAAUUGGGAACACAUGUCAGUAGUCUUGCUGCCCAGAAACGCAUGCUUGACUCACUUGCAAGCGGUUUGGUUGGAAAGCGUAUGAUGGAUUCUUUGGCUAGCGGGCUCGUGGGGAAAAGAACCAUGGAUUCUCUAGCAAGUGGUUUGGUGGGAAAACGGGUGAUGGAUUCUCUUGCUAGUGGAUUGGUUGGGAAAAGAAGACUGGAUACUCUUGCAAGUGGAUUGGUUGGAAAACGGGUGAUGGAUUCUCUUGCAAGUGGAUUGGUUGGGAAAUGAUAGAUUUUAUUGAAUUGCCUGAUAGAGGUGCAGCAAGGUUGUGAAAAGAGAGUUAGCAUUGUGAGACAUUGAUUUCUAAUCUAAAUAUCUUCAGAAAUAUGCUAUUUGUAAUUAAAAUAUAUUAAUAACUUUGAUUUAAAAAAAUUAUGGAAUCUUUUGAUAAAGUUAUUGAACUAUCCAUUCUCGAAAAUGAAUCCUAUAUUAAUUUUGCGUUUGCUCUAUCGAAAAGCAUUGUAAAUUAAUUUCUUUGAUAAUUUUGUGAUUUUACGCUGUACUUAA